AAGAAGGAGGCGGGCCGAUGGUUGCCAGGACAGUUUAUUUGGUUUGGUGCUUAGGUCUCUAGAGGCGUGGGACUGUUUCUCCACGAGCCCAAGACCAGGGUUUGGGCUGAGGGGCUGGGCUGGGAGUGAGAGCGGGAGCUGCGUCGCCCGCUUGCACAUUUUUAGGCUGCUUCUAGGCCUUGAGCUGGGCCCCAUCUGGAGCCCUCCCGCCACCCUAGCUCCAGAAAUCCGACCCCGGCCGGGCCAGGAGGUCGGGCCCGGGUCCAGCUGCAUCCCCCCCACUUCAGUCGGUGGUUACCAUGGUAAAGCUGGCAGCCAAAUGCAUCCUGGCAGGGGACCCGGCCGUGGGCAAGACUGCCCUGGCCCAGAUCUUCCGCAGUGAAGAGGCUCACUUCCAGAAGAACUACAUUCUGACGACAGGGGUGGAUUUGGUGGUGAAGACGGUGCCAGUUCCUGACACAGGCGACAGCGUGGAGUUCUUCAUUUUUGACUCGGCCGGCAAGGAGCUGUUUUCUGAAAUGCUGGAUAAAUUGUGGGAAAGUCCCAACGUCCUGUGUCUUGUUUAUGACGUGACCAACGAGCAGUCCUUCAGCAACUGCGGCAAGUGGCUGGAGAAGGCUCGGGCACAGAUUCCAGGCACGUCCCUCCCAGGUGUUUUAGUGGGAAAUAAGACGGACCUGGCCAGCAGACGAGCAGUGGACCCAGAGCAAGCCCGGGCAUGGGCACUGAGCCAAGGCCUCGAGUGCUUUGAGAUUUCCGUGGUGACUCCAGGUGACCCAGUGUCCUCUAAGCCAGGAGGAGUCCUCAUGCAGUAGGCAAAUCAAGAGCAACCUGCCAUCAGCCUCUUUAGCUUGCCCAAGUCCCGACUUGGGGUGUCCUGCCCUGUGGAACCCCUUCCUACACAGCCUGUGUGAGCAAGAGCAGGCAAACAUGCAUUUCAGAGCCCACAGCGACCCUCACCACAGUUCCCUGGGGCUCCUGCCAGGCCCCCGAGCCCUGGCUGUCAUGGAGACCUCAUUGUGAGACCUCCCAGACCUGAUUCUUCAGCUUUGCAGAAGUCAGGGCAGCCUGGUGCACACCUGGGGCUUUCUGGUCUACCCAGGCCACUCCAGCUGCAGGCAAGCCGCUGCUCUUCCGUCGCUGUAUGAACGUGAGCCCUGAGUCCCCAGCAUGGCCUGCUGAAGGCAUAGGCACUCAGACCUCGCUGGCAAGGAGCAGGCUGGCUGUGCCACCCCCGCUUGUUAUUUAAAACCAUGGGAGCCUCGGCUCCUCACCUAUACAUGGAAUGAUAAAAUACAUCCCUCACUAGUAUUAAGUGUGAGAAUUAAGUAGGAUGGUGAAAUUAAACGCUUAGCAAAAAGCCUAGUGCAUAGUAAACACUCAGCAGAUGUUAGCUUUUUAAGGUAUAAAUGUUCCCCCAGUGUCUUGGUUUACUAUUAAUUGCUUAAUCUUCGAAUCCAUAGCUUGUACACAGAUGAAUGUCACCCUUGCCUCUGGCCCAGCAAUCACAAAUGCUAAAUUAAUGAAGUUCAAAUUAAGGAACCUGUGUUGCGCCAGGCUGGGCGGGGUGGUAGGGGUCUCCUGUCCCCAGUGCAGCAACCUUUGAGUGAGGCCAUGAGCUGUGUCACCCACAGCACGCAGGACCACCCUGUCCCCUUCCUCUGUUCACACCGGUGACAUUGUCGCUUAUUUCCCAGAACUCAAAAUUUAAAACUUGCUCCCACACGUUAAUCACCAAAGGCCACGGGCCUCGAGUUUAAAUUCUGUUCAGGUGUUGCAGGGAGUGGGUAUAAAUUAUGCUUGAAGAGGCAGCAGUGAAGCGCUUGGUAUUAACUGCGCAAGUUAACUAGUCCCCCCUGAGUUGGUGCUCACAGAAGCUGCACUGGCAGCUCGGGUAAGAAAGCUGUAAUUAAAAAGGAAAUAUAACCCAGUACUGUUUGAGCUACAGCCAAGCCGGGAUGCCAAGUCCGUCUCCCCUCUCCCCGAGAGCAGCCGCAGUCCUCCAGCUGACCCAGAAGCCCGACCUGCAGGGCUCUUUGACUUCCUGAUGCCCCCAGAUGUUUGAAAA